AGAUUUUUCGUUGAUGUGACAAAAUGUUUUAGGUCCAUUAACAAAUUGUCGAAAAUUGUUAUAGAUUUUUUUUUUGCUCAUGAUGGGAGUCACCGACUCUGGGUAAAUAACCCCGAUGAGUCAAGUUCAAUGACGCAACGCCAGAAAGGGUAUCGAGAAAAAGCAGAGACUGGCACAUGAGAUGAAAUUGCUUGGCAAAAAAGCGGAGUCAGGGCGUGAAAUUUGCAACUUCCUGGUUGAAACAGUUUAUAAAAUGUAACACCAUUUGGUGUUCCACAGUUAGUCGUACACUAAAGCUUCAACUAUUCGCAACCCGAUUGGAUAAUAAUCACACGAUGAAAUAUCAAAAAUUCUAUUCAGUGUUGCUGCUGGUUUCGCUGACUGCACUUGCUGCAGCUCAGUAUUACACGCCAUAUAAUCCAUAUAACACGCCCAGUCCAACGUUCGCCAGCUUGACUAACUAUUACUACACGACACCGUAUCCUUACUACUAUCCCACUGCCACGCCCUACUACUACAAUGAUCCCAAGAUACGCAUCUGGCCCUAUGUGAUUGGACAAUAUCUGUAUCCCACAUACUACAACAAUAACAGCUACAAUCCUUAUGCCUCGCUUAGCACACCAAACUGGCAGAGUUACUAUUCAAAUAUCUACCAAAAUAGUUGGGGUAAAAAAUAGACUCGUUGUUGUCAGCAUAUGUUAUUAUUAUUUUCGCUGUUGUUUAAAUAAAAUGUUUUAAGUGUUUUUUGUAAGAAAGUCAUCGUGGUGUUCUUAGUGCUUAUGUUCUUUUGUCUGGUGUGAUACAGUUACCAACACGUGUGAGAGCGCACAUAAAAAUGCAAAUGAUAUAAUCCAUAAUGACAUCAUUUUGAUAAGCAGCAUGACAGCUCAUGUCGUUGGGCGCGGGAAAACCGUUACAGAAUACACGUAGAGCCCAUCAGAACAUUUAUGACACCUUUUGACAUGGAAAAGCGAGUAAGAA